GGCUAGAGCUCACACAGUCGUGAGAUGUGCACGGUUGCGGACGUGUUUUCCCUUCGCUCCUCACAUUCCCCGCUUAUUUUUACAAGCUAGUAAAAGAGAUACAACAUCAUUUCUCUUCUGAAAUAAGUGCUAUUUUUCAUUUCAGGAUUUUGUGUGCUGUGUUAUAUUCUCUGAUCGUGUGUCAAGUGUGUUUUGUCUGUUCGUUUCCCAUUCGUGUGCGAUGAAGAAAAAGUCAACCAGACUUGAAUAAGAUCGGAUUUACACUCUCUCUCGAAUUGGCUUUACAACAACUUUAAGACCAGGAAUUUAUUUUUUUGAAGGACACACGUUUAUCUUGAAAAAGUUUAUUUCUUCUUUAUUAUUUUUUCGCUCGCCGAUUCCACAAUUUCCACCAACAGUUUAUCGAUUAUGGUCAUGGCCUUUUUACAACCUGACGCUCGGAUUGGUUCACUCUAAAAAGCUCAAAAUUCGUUUUUGUUUUUUGGUUUGCUCAAGUUGAGAAAUUUUUGUUCAAAACAAGCUCAAUCAUCUUCAAUCGGAAAGUGUUUCGUCGGAAGUGUGUUAGUUGCCCAAGUUGCCUUUUUCGAUAUCCUCCCCCCCAAAACACAUCAGCAAGAUGGUGCGACAUCAUCAACGGCUAGCCUCAUCAUCGGAGCGGAUCGAAGAUUCGUCCUUAAUCACCACCGCCGCCACCACCUCCACAUCGUCGUCGAUGAUGUGGAGGAGACGUUACGGCUGUCAUUGCGGCAGCGUCCGGUGGCCAACUUGGCCUCCCAUGCUCCUUUUGCUACUCCUCGUUUCGGUUGAAACGCUUUCUCUGGCCACCGUUACCACAGCUACUCGCAUGCACUAUAUCCAUUGGAAUACCACCAACCCCAUAUUCCGGAUAGACAAUACAGAUCACAUAAUCGACGUGAACAAGAACAACAUUCCGUUCGAGUACGACCAGGUGAACAUCAUAUGUCCAGUUUACACGCCGGGGACGCACGAGGACGACGCGGAAAAGUACAUCAUUUACAACGUGUCGAAGGAGGAGUACGACACGUGCCGCAUCACCAAUCCAAACCCGCGGAUCAUUGCCGUCUGCGACAAGCCUUACAAGCUCAUGUACUUUACCAUCACCUUCCGUUCAUUCACGCCUCAGCCCGGAGGGCUUGAAUUCCGACCCGGACAGGAUUACUAUUUCAUCUCGACGUCGUCCAGAGACGAUUUACACCGACGCAUCGGUGGACGGUGCUCAUCCCACAACAUGAAGGUGGUCUUCAAGGUCUGCUGCAAAGCCGAGGAUUUGGACAAAGCAGGAACAACCGCAGGACGGCCGGCUUUGCCCAGCACUACGACAUCGACGACCAUGUCCACCAUAUCGACGAGCGUUGCCGUGAUGAACAGCACGACCACUCAGGCGCCAGUUAUCCCCACUCGCAUCAUCACCACUCAAGUGAUGCUGCCGUCUGUCACUUCUCCUCGCAUGCCACCACACUGGAAAGAUGUGGAAAUUCAGAGUUUCAGUGUCCGGACCACUACGAAAAAAUCAGAUGAUUUCGAUAAAUUAUCCAACGAAGUGGUGAAGAAUGAAGAAUUGACGUCGAAAUCGAGCGGCGCCAGACGGCAAGUCGUCCUCAGCCCGCUGUCUACUCUUAUUGCGGCCGGUCUUGUAACCCUGGUCCUCUUCAGGGUCCGAUGAAAAGAAUAAAUACAACAACCACAGCAGCAGCAGCAGCAGCAACAACAACAACAACAAACAAGAAGAAGUAGAAACAAGUCUCUCCUCUCUCAUCACCGUCACGCUCGCUCGCUUUCCCGACUUUUGCUGUCACAUCGAUACUCGAGUCGUGUCGUUCAUCCUCGCCAGCAAAACAUCAAACUAGACAUCAAGGAAUCAAACAAACAAAAAACAAUGAAGGAGAAGAAAUGCGACCAAAACAACAACUAAACACAACCAAAAGAAAAAACAAAACAAAAUCGUAACACUAAAAAAAAAGGUGAACGGGACCAUUUCGUGACAUAACUCUUUUUUUUUCUCUGUGUGUGUGUGUGUUUUAUUCUUCUCCAUAAAAAGAGAGAGAGGCGGGAUUAACGGCGACGCGCACUACGUUUUUUUCGGGGGGGUUGGAAAUUCCUUCCUCAAAAGGUGACCACAGUCUCCUUCUUCGUGAAUUUUUGUGUUGUGCAACAUCUUUUGGGUUUUCUGCUGGCCGUCGUGAAAAGAGGUGGGAAAUCCUGCAUAGUGAAGAAGAAGAAGACCAACCAAAAAAAAAUGUGUAACAAGGAAAGCCUCUCUUGUCUGCCUCCUCCUCCCCUGUUGUUGUUGUUCGUGAAAGGAAAUCGGCGACGUGUCAGUGACAUUGUUGAAUGACAUUUUGCGAAUGCGUUUCUUUUUGUUUUGUUUUCCAUCGAGAGAGAGAAUGUGACGUAAUGCGAGAGAGAUCCCCCCCCUUCGUCCCAAGUGCCAUAUACUGCCCCCCUGACCGCCCUCUCUCUUAUAUUUUCUCCCGAUCAAUAUGUAUGUAAUUAAACAAAAAAAAAGAAGAAAAAACACAAAAAAAAAAUAAUGUUGACUUCCACCCUCCCCCGUUCAUCGUUAGCAAUUUGUAUCGUUGUGUAAAAUCGUGAUCACUCCUCCUCCUCCUCUCUUAUUUUAUAGAUCAUCCAAAGUGUGUCUUAUUCAUUUUGCGAGAUCUCUGUGGAUAAUAUUUGCUUUAUAUUUUUUUUUGGUUCGUUUAGUUCCCUUUUUGGGUCCCUCCGGCAUCAACAACUUUGCCUUCUUGUCCGUUUGCGUGAUGACAGCAGUCGAAUGGCGUCUUAUAAAUACGCCCUUUUUGUUUUUUCUUCUUUUCUUUUUUGUUUUUUCUUUCCCCCUGUGUGUCACACUGUUGGAAUCAUCAUUUUUCAAGUUUCUCCGACACUCCACCAUCUUUUUAUUUUCCGAGAGAGAGAGAGAAAUGUAGAGGAUACCAGAGACUUUUUCUCCUCAACAGAUGAGUCCUCCUCUUUUGAUUUCUUUCGGAGAAGAGAAAGAAAAGAUGGUGGAAAAGAUAAGCAAAGUGCCAACAGCGCUCGGUAGAACCAGUUUCUUUUUCUACAGGCUCUCCUCCUCAUUCCUUUAACUCCGAUAUCAUCCAAAAGUCAAAAACUAUUUCCCCCCAUUCUCUAUAUACACUCACUAACACACCGGCGGACUUACAUCAUACUAUUACCAUCAUUAUUAUUGAUUUGUUUUCCCUCCAAAAAAUUUUUUUUUCUUCGACAUUUUUUCUUCACCCCUCCAACUUUUUCUUUUGUGUCUCUCUCUAUUGAGGAGUGGCUUGUCCAUAGUGUACAGUUUUAUGUUUAAUUCAACAUAUAAGUACUCGAAACGUUUGAUAACAUUUAUUUUUGACAAGGAAGGUGAAGAAGCGUGGGAGUAAUUUAACACACACACAGACGCGGAACAAGGAGAAAGAAAACAUGGCUUACAUAAGAUAUUGUCUUUUCGUAUGUAAAUAAAUGUACCAUAGCUCGCUGUACAAUCACAUAUAAAGUUAAAACAAGAAAUUGAGUUAAAAGCGAUAUGCGGGGGGGUUUGAAAACCAAACAAACAAAAAAAUCAAGAUCGUUAGUUUUGUAAAACAGAUAUCAGAAAAAGUCUCGACUCGGAGAAAUGUGGCGUCUCGUGUUUUGUCUAUUAGCCGGUUUUUCUCUUCGCGCUAUCGUUUCCUUUCACUCCCCCUUGUUUCUGACAUUACGGGAGGGAGGAGAUUUGCGUGAGGGAUGACGUUCAGUCGACAUGUUAAAAAAAAAAAUUAGACGUGUUUUUUUUUCUGUUGGUGUACAUCCGUGUCAAGAUAUUUAUUUUGAUUUCGAUAAUGAAUUUUUUAAACUUUUCAGUUCGCCCCCUUCCGAUUAAAAAAAAAAAGAAAAAAAAAGAGGAAUUUUGUUUGCGUGCGUGCGUGUGUGUAUGUGUGUGUGUGUGUGUUACUAGCCCAAUUUUUCUUGUCCUUGUGCAUUACACAUUUCCCUUUAUAAUCCUCCACACAAACACAAAACACUCCCCGACUUUUGGGGGUUUACCGCUCCUCCCAAACAUUCUUUAGUUUUUUUUUUUUCAAUUUCUCUAUCGUGUACUCUAUACUGUAAAGCUGUAUACCUCUUGUUUAGAGUAUCAAAAUCGACCAUUUACAUACAACAACAAAAAUAACUAAAUUUCAAUGAAUAUCCAAAUGUAACCAGGAGCAACGGACCUUUUUCGACGCGCCUCUUACUGUUAUUUUUUUCGAAUUCAUGUAACAACAGUCCCACACGUCUGUUUCUCUCCUACUUUGUUUUGUCUCCCCCCCCCCACCCACCCACUCCCGUGAAUGUUGAAUGGGUUUAUUCCCGCUCCCAACUGAUCCCGAGGUCUGUGCUCCUUACCUUUUUCUUUCGUCCCUCUACUCCCCCGGAUUCUUUCAAUCAGAAAUUGUGUGCCGUUGACUGAAAUUUGGGCAAAAAGUGCUUUCGAUCAUAAAUUAUACUGAUAAAACAAUGA